AUGAUGCGACCUGUCCUUCUGGUGCUCCUAAUCGCAACGUUCAUCUGUUGUGUGGAUGUUGAUAUCAAAAAGUUGUCUGCGAUCCUGAGUGGGAUGAGUGACGAAGAAAGUUCGAAGUUCGAUGAGGUCAUGAAGCAAAGUAGCUCUAGACAACUUAAGGGCAAAAAAGGCCAGGCUGAAUACGAGAACGUUUUGAAAGAAAAGAAUUUGUACGAGAAGGUGAUAAAGUUCAAUGAAACAAUGAAAACAAUGGCUAAAGAAAACAGAAGAGCUCUAGGAUUUGUGGCAGCGGUAACCCUAUUGCAUGUGUUACGAUAUUCUGAUGCGGGAAACGUGACAAGAUCAAGGCACUGGCGUACUUAG